UAGUGUACUAUAUGCUGCUCUCAGGCUGCAGUACUCAAUAGAUUCAUAUCGCUGUUAUUUUAGUGUACUAUAUGCUGCUCUCUGCAAAUGUAGUACUGAGUAGUACUACUUUUUUAACCAUUUUAUUUGAUUUUUUUCUAGGCAAAUGGAGAAUAUUUGGCUUGAAGGGAUAAGGCGAAAGUUAAAGAAAUUAAGGGAUGUCAGAGUCAUUCAAGAGGUCAUACCUUUUUCUGGGGAGGAGACUGAUUUCAUGCAGGGUUACAUUAAGAAACUGGAGGAGGAAACCAAAAGCACCUUCAAGUCCGCUGUGUCUACUCAUAAAGACUACUUUUACUUUGCAUGUGAAAGAUCGACCAAAGCAAGUGGGAAAAGCAAAGGAGAACCUACAAAGACAAGAGCUAAUUCCUGCAAAGCUUAUGUGUCAUUUAAAAUAAUCAAAGAUGGUAGUUUUACAGGUGCUGUGGUCAACAAAAUGCUUCAACACAACGGACAUGAUGUGUGCAUGAAAGAAGAGGGCGUAAAAAAUCGCAUUGACCCAGAGCUAUUGACCUUCAUUGAAAUGUGGCUUGAUCAAGGACUGUCAAUUUCAGAAACCCUUUUAAAAUGCGUGGACUGGGCAGAACGUCAUGGACAUAUGGACAAAUAUAAUCGGCGAUAUUAUGUUACACCUGAAGAUAUACGAUUGAUCAAGAAGACCAGUAAUGCUCUUAGUUUUCCUGAUGCGAAAGACUGCAUUAGUGUGGACAAGCUGAUCACAUCGGAGCUGCAGGAACACAUUUGUUACUACCAGCCUUUGAGUGAAAAUCAACCACUUAUAAUUGUAGUGCAGACACCCUGGCAAAAGGAUAUACUUAGAGAACAUCCCCAUACCAUGGUAUUCAUGGACGCUACUUACAAAGCCAUGACAUCAUAUGGUUAUGCAUUUUAUGCUCUUCUUUUGACCAACAGUAUUGGAAGAGCAGUCCCAUUUGCUUACUUUAUUAUUAGUGAGGAAUCAGCGGACAUACUUGCUCUCUGCUUGGAAAAGCUUGUAAAUCACAACCCUGGAUUUCUUCCCAGGUCGAUAAUGAUUGACCGUGACCUUAAGGAACUCAAUGCCAUAAGAAGAGUUUUUCCAACAGCCAAGGUUCUUCUUUGCUGGUUUCAUGUACUCCAGGCUGUACAUAGGUGGAUGGUUAAAAGAGAUGGAGGGAACUUGCCAGUGAAUCAGCGGAAUCUUGUGAUUCAAGCAAUGGUGGCAAUGAAAUCCUGUUUAACGGAAGAAGAGUUCAACAGCAUGUCAUCCAGAAAGUGUGAAGAGCUCGAUACAUGUCUUGGUAGUUCUCAUGUAUCAACCUACCUCAAGAAUCAGUGGAUUUGUUUUGGUGAUUUAUGGUCCAAUUUUGGCAGGUCAUUUUAUCACCAUAACAGCGAAACCAACAACAAGGCAGAGAGAUUUUUUCUUACAAUGAAGUACCAGUUCCUUAAGGGAAGAAUAAAUAGCAGGAUUGAUCAGCUUCUUCGCUUACUGUGUGGUGAUGUCCAAAAAUAUUACAGUUACCUGGAUGACCUCACAGAAACUGGACGAAUCAAAGGAGCAAACACUGAAGAGACCACUAAUGCCGCCCAUUCUAUGAUUGCAAAAGGCCUGGGUGCAAAAGUGGAGAUAAAAAAUGGAGUGUGUUUGGUUCCACCCGACACAAGCACACAAUGUCACAGUGUGGACUUGGUCAUGCACAAAUGCGACUGCAAAAGAUUCCAAUGUGGAUGUGUGUGCAAACACUUAAUUUUUUCACAGAACAUUGCAGAGAAACAAGGACUUAUAAUUCAAGAUCUUAGGGCAGAAGUAGCAAAAAAAAUUGUUGACAGUGAAAUCCUACCUCAGGGUCGAUGA